AUGGUUGUGCUGAUCAAAUGUGAUGCACAGGAAAAUGGGACUGCUGGAAGUAAUGGUAGAAAAGCCAUUGAUGCUACUUCUUUAUCUUUUGGUGGACUUCCUUCAAGUAAUAAUGGAGAAGCCAAAAACAUGACUUCUAAUUAUAGCCAAGUUACGAUCAGCUAUAACAGAAACAAAAACACUGGAAGAGGCGGCGGCGGUGGUGGAGGAGGAGGAAGUGGAGGAGGGGGUGGUGGAGGGGGUUAUGGAUGGGGAUGGGGCGGUGGCGGAGGCGGUGGUGGUGGUGGUGGUGGUGGUGGUGGUGGAGGGGCAGGAAGAGGGUGGGGAUGGGGGGGAGGAGGGGGAGGUUGGUUUAAAUGGGGUUGUGGAAGACAGCCAGAAGCUGGUAAAAGAGGAGGGAGAGGAGGAGGAGGAGGAGGAGGCAUUCACAAUAAGCAUUUUGAGAGGAAGAGAAUAUUCAGCAAAGACGACUAUAAGCUGGGAGAGUUCGCACAAUGCAUGAGAAGAGGGCGUUGCAGAGGCAUGAGAUUGGAUUGUCCUCUUCACUGCGGUGGACCUUGCUUCUACGACUGUCAAUACAUGUGCAAAGCUCAUUGUCGACGUCCCUGAAUCAAUAUUCCCUUUUUACCUAUUCCUUUCAAUCUCUAAUUAUUUCCUCAUUGAGUCAUUACAGAGACUAAUCAAGAGUUUUCAACUACCUUUUGGCUUUGGAUUAGGAUCAAGUUUUUACUUUCUAAAUUCUAUAUUAAUUCUCAAGUGGUGUGCUUGGAACACCUUUGGUUUGUUUAGUCUUUAUUUCUUCCCUCUUUUUUUGGUUUGCUUGGCUUCUUAGUAGUGAAUUGAUUUGAGUAUAUUCUGCAUGCAUGUUGUCUGCAGCUUUAGCUGUUAGACUUUGCUUGGAAGGGAACUUUCAGUUAUUGUACCCUUUCUGACAACCAAAUGCGAAAGCUUCUGCUGUGUUCUUCAUUGUAUUAAAUGAAAUCAGGAAAAAAGAAAAAAAAAAUGAUAAAAAUUAGUUUUGAAAUUAAA